CCGGAAGUAGGAAGUAAAUGGUAAAUCUUCGCGAAAACGUUGUUGUCAACAAACUACACGUUGGUCAAGACCUAUCGAGCAUAACGCAUCUCGGCGCACCCGAUCGUUUUCUUGAGGUGUAUAGUUCGUCAGUAUGAGUCUCCAGUGGACUGCUGUGGCUACCUUCCUGUAUGCUGAGGUAUUCUUUGUGUUGCUUCUGUGUGUACCCUUCAUCUCCGCCAAGAGAUGGAGCAAGAUAUUCAAAUCUCGUCUGGUGCAAACAAUUGUAUUAUAUGGAAACACUUUCUUCAUGGUAGCCAUUGCCAUUCUAGUCUUUUUACUAAUUGAUGCAUUUAGGGAGGUGCGGAAGUAUAGUGUGACCGAGACUGUGGAUCUGACCAACAACCCCGUGGCUGUGGAUCACAUUCAUAUGAAGCUGUUCAGGGCCCAGAGGAAUGAAUACAUUGCUGGCUUUGCCCUGCUUUUGUGUGUGUUGCUGAGACGUUUAGCCACCCUGCUCUCUCAACAGGCCACUACUAUGGCUUCCAACGAGGCAUUCAAGAAGCAGGCCGAGGGCGCCAGUGACGCUGCGAAGAAGUACAUGGAGGAAAAUGAGAAACUGCAGCAGAAACUCAGGGAUGCAGGCAUUGCUAUCCCAGAGGUUGGCAAAAAACCCUCUGGAGUUGGAGUGGAGGAGGAGAACAAGACAUUAAAGGCCCUGGUGAACUCUCUGAAGGAUGAGCUGGAAGCCACAAAGAAGGUUCUCCAGAAGUCCGAUAGUGAUGUGAAGGCCAUGAAGAAGCAAGCGGAGAACUUGACUGUGGAGUAUGACCGACUUCUCGAUGAACAUUCCAAACUGCAGGCAAUCCCUGACGCUCAAUUACAGGACAAAAAAUCUAACUAAUUGUUACCCUGAUUAUCAGCUUUACCAUCAACAACAGCCACCACCACUGCUUGCGCAUGAAGUCACUGGGUUUCAAAUGUAUAGAGGUAGAGGACUUUGGCUGUUGUUCAUUUGCCUUGUUAUUCUGGAUUGGUGUGGAGCACAAUAGAGGAAAAUGCUUUAUGGCUAUUAUUUGACCUGUGAAAUCACUAUCUGUUUUUUUCAUUCUAUUUACAAUUAAAGGAAAUAAUUAAAUAUUUGACAAUGCCAUUUACACUGUUUUUUUAAGUCUUAUUGAGUCAUUCAGUUAUGAGAUAAAGCUCAUUAUUUGACCAGUAUCUAUUCUGAAGGGACCCACUAAGAGUUGUUUAGUAGUAUAUUAAAAAUAUCUGACAGCUAACGUGCAAGUUUUUAGGAGUUGUCAAAUUUUGACUUGUUUUUGCAAAUGUUGCCAUUCCCAUCUGUCAGUGCUUGUUUUGAAAAUGCAAUGUUGUCUAUUUUCCUCAGUUAUGCAAUUUUUACGGUGUUCAUGUGUUAACCGGAACUUGGAUACUAAAAUACAUACAGUUUCCUAGUGCAUAUUAGCAUGUCAAUGCAGCCUCAGCCCAAUUUCAUACUUCUGACUUCAUUAAUCUGGUUGUCAGUGCUCUCUGAGGUCUAACCUUUUGCUUUGUUUACAAAAUUGUUAAUUUUUCUUUUUGUUUCUUUGACCUAGUUCUUCGACCUAGUUCUGUAUCAGUGUAGUGUCAGACAUAUUCUUAUUGACUUAACAGUCAAGUCUGGUUUCAAAUCACUGAGCCUGCUAAAUUUGAUAUGAGACGGGACCUGUACUGUAAUCUUGGGCUUCAUCGUGGUAUCCUUCCAUUGGAAUUCCAUUUGUCUGCAACACCAGUGGUUGAAAACACUGACAAUGUUGGUUUGUGAAAACUGAUUCCAAAUGUUAUUAGAAUGUGUUCUUUAAACUCUGAUUUUUCAAAGCAUCUUUGAGAUUAUUUUUUUUAAUUACCUUUUUUCUCUCCUUCAACCCUCUUACUGUAAAGUAAUUGAUCAUUGCAAACUUAGUUACAACAUGGUCUUAUCUUAUUUGUAAAAAAUCUCUUCAUUGCCAUCUUAAUUUGCACACUGUUAAUAUUGCCUUUGAGCUCUAUACCAUGAUUUCCUGCAGAUAAAAUCAUUUCUAAAGAUUGUGGCUCUUGACUAGAGGGACAACUAAUAAGAGUCUAUAUGAAAAUGGAAGGCAACUUUUGUAGGCUUUACAUUAGAUUUGAUACAUCUUUUUUAUAUAGGUUUAUGAAUAUGGGAGCCAAAUGAAUGUCAUUUUCAGAGCCAAAUUAGCAGUCUUACUGUAAAGACUUGGAAUUGCUGUCACUACUGCUUCAUCAAAUGCAAGAUCCACUUUGUUUGGCCCCUGAGUGGCACAGCGGUAAGUAAAUCACUGCCUUGUUACUGGGUGACCAGUGUCUGAAUUUGGCUCUUGGAUUAUCUUUGGGAUCUUGCGGUGGUUAAAGCAGAUGGCCAUUACUUUCCAGGGUUGGGUGCAGAAGUGAAGCUUUAAUGGGUGCAUGGCACCCAUCACAAAGUUUUUCGUACAGUGAAAAAAAUUAAUUAUAAUUUUGUUGUUGUUGAUUUCAUACAUUCUAUGUAGUUGACAUUGAAGUGAUAAACUUCUCUAUUUGUUUUAUGAUUCCAUAAUGCAUUUGUAUGAUUGACCAAUAGGUGACUGUGGGAGUGUAACAUAGGAUAUUGUUGGCUCGUUUGCUAAAGAUAUGAGCUGUGGGAGAUAAACAUAAUGGAUGAUAAAACAAAAAUGGAACAGCUGCUCAAAGGAGAGAAAAGCCAUUAUAAAAAUUAAACAUAAUAUAUGGCCUUCAGAAACUUCUUUAGUAAAGUUGUUGAGCAGCAGAAGCCUUAGAAGAUGGAUAGAUCUGCUGUUACAAUGACAGGAGCAGCAGUGCAGCUUCAAAUGAAGGGGGGAAUAGUUAUGAUACCGGUCCAACAGCUGCUAGCAGUGAAGUUUUGUAACUGCAGGUACGUGUUGAAGCCAAAUAAGCUUCUGUUCAUCGUGGUAGAUAAAACAUAAUUUUUUUGGAGAAUUGUACUAAAUGUUAAUAUUAGCCUCAAUACCUUAGUUGGGAAAUAAAGUAGCAAUAGUAAUAUUUUUUUGGGGGGGUGGGGCCUCUGCGGCUAAGGUUUGCACCCAUGGGAGAAAAAGCUAAGCGCCGCCCCUGGUUUGGUGAUUAGUAAUCAAAUUUGAUUGCCUUGCCUCAUCACAUUCUAUCAAAAACUUGUGACAGCUUGAGCGCCCGUGAGCUCAAUCAAGGUAGGAGAUUGGACAGUAUUGUGAUAAGUACCUGAACAGCUUCGGAAGACAUCUUGACAUUGAUUGUUAUGAAUCUGCUGGGAGUUGCUGUGAUGAACCUAUUGAACAUAAAGUAGAGUUUUACCAUGUCUCACUUUAAGUUUAUUUACUUAUUACUGAUUGCAAUGAUGCAUUUCUGUCAUAAAAAUACAAUAUCACAACACAAUCUAUAACAAGCAACCUUGAUCUUCAUGGCUUUGUCUGUUAUGUAAAUACCACAAGGUCCAGCAUUAAAAACCAAAAUAUAAAAUUUUUAAACAACUGUUAUUUUUGAAACACUGGCUAUACUAAUUACUAGAAAGUACAGAAAGAGUACAUUUUCACUGGAUAAACACCACGUUGUGUAUAAGGUAUCAAAAAAAUAUUCCUUAUAAAAUUAGUUGGAACACUGUUAGGGUAUUUGUGUGUCAAUAAAUAUACAUCUUCAAUAAUG